AUGUAUGACAUAGCUCUCCCUUCAAAGAAAUCAAGAUCCUAUGAAAAUGACAAAAUCGACAAACUCCGCGCCAUGGCUGAGUUUGGCCUACGUGAAGAAGACUUUCGCGACUUACCUGCAGAACCGGUUCCUGUAAAAAGUGGCUCAUAUCCACUUCGUAGCCGGCAUCUGUAUGUUUUAACAGAUGUCUAUCACAAAGCUAUUCAGGUACAUGGAAGUCCUGAAGCAUUAGAUGCACAUCGUAGGCCACUGAUAGCAAUGAGGAAGGAGUUGACGGAUGCUGAACGUAUGCGUAUGCGGAUGAGAGUUGAAACUACCACUUCUGUAAGCAAAGGUGCUGAUCGUGUGGUGGCAAUCGCAUUCACUCUUAACGUGUGCGACGCAGCAUUUAAGUAUGCCGCUGCGUAUCUUACCGGUUCAAAGUCAUUAUUUGCUGAAGCGAUACACAGCACAAUGGACACCUGCAAUCAGAUGAUUUUGCUGAUGGGUAUACGAUAUUCGGCAAGAAAUCCUGACAACCUUUUUCCGUAUGGUUAUGGUAAUAUGCGCUAUGUGACAUCCUUGAUAUCUGGCUGUGGAAUAAUGGCAUUCGGCUGCGGUCUCUCGAUUUACCAUGGUGUUUCGGGUCUUUUGCACCCUGCUGAACUAGAGCCGCUAAACUACGCGUAUUAUGCCUUAUUCAUGUCCCUGUGCUUCCAAGGAACAUCAGCAAUUACAGCUUACCGAGAAGUCAGGCACAAAGCAAAGCGAGCUGGGCUUAGCAUCUUGAAUUACGUUCGUACUUCGGCAGAUCCAUCACUGAACGUCGUUUUACUCGAGGAUACCGCUGCAGUAUCGGGAGUGGCGAUUGCUCUCUGCGCUGUCUCAUUGUCGUCGAUUCUCGCUUCACCAAUACCUGAUUCGAUUGGGUCUAUAAUGAUUGGUUGUUUGUUAGGUACUGUAGCUUCGUUCAUUAUUCGAACUAACGCCGCUCAUCUUGUUGGACGAAGUUUGCCGAAACGAAUAACUGAUGAUAUCGUGUGUCGUUUGAGUAACGAUCCAGUUAUACGGCAAGAACUGGAUUUGAUGAAUGAUGAAGAGUGGUCCCGUGUGAAUUUCAGGUCGGUGCACGACGUAAAGGCGACGGCGCUCGGUGUGGAACAGUCGCGGUUUAAGGCCGAAUUGGAUUUCAAUGGUCGUGAAAUCACUCGUGCCUACUUGAAUCAAAACGUUCACAUGCCAUCACUCCUGAAAGAAGUUCAAGAGAUGAAAGAUGAAAAAGAACUAGGAGCAUUUAUGGAGACGCAUGGUGAGAAGAUCAUCGAUCGUCUUGGUGACGAAAUCGAUCGAAUCGAGAAGGAAAUCACUAAGAAACAUCCGGAUAUCCAACACGUGGACUUGGAGGCUUUAUAG